CUUCUCGAAGUAAACACGACGGUGUAAGCGCCGGGUGAAGAGAGACAGGGCUAACGACCGUACUCGUUCCGGGUACGCAAUGCUCUUUGUUAUCUCAACACUGCUAUGUGUCGUGGUGUCCCUAAGCCGUGGCCUGGAAUUAGUCAGAGACAGAGAUGUGUUCCGCCCUGGUCGGUUCUACAAGAGGAUACCAUCUUAUAACGGCUCAGUGACCGUCGUGGUAACCAGCUCGUUUGACAUACUAGCCUCCAGCCUUACGGUGUCGAGUUCGGAGACACGGGAGAGUUCUAUAGAUGUGAAUUUAAUUACACCAAUUGAUGCUUCUACUAGUGAUGCAUCCUCUGGGAUCGUGGAACCCUCCGAAGAUGGUUCUUCAACAGAGUCCUAUCCUGAGUGGACGCUAUUUAACUUAGGAACCAUUACCACAAUUGGGAGGCCAACACUCAUUUUGCCUACAUCAUCACUGUCAAGGGGUAGUCCUGUUGUUUCUCCCCCGCCAGCCUUUAGUAGCUCGAGCUCUACGAAGAAUGAGAUCUCCUUUCCUACGCUAACCUCAUCAUUCGAAUUCAAUGGAACUUCGAGACCAUGGGGUUGGAAUACUACCUCCAGUGCUCCGUCACUUAUCUUGCCCACAGUAACUUUGCCACAGCCAACAGCUAUCAGCACGACCUCGACGAUUACUGCUACGCCGAGCGAGUGCCCGGCAAAAGAGAGCGGUCCAAUAACUAUUACUUCUUACUCUAUAGUUCACACAUCUACUACCACAUGGACCGGGGAUCCGGAUGACUACACACCCCCUUACCCACCUAUAAGCACGCCUGUACCAUGUACUCCUAAGGAGAGCCCAACAGGUCGCUUUACAAUUACCCUUUGCGAUAGCGCGGGCAAGAGCUGUUCGCUUAUUCACACUACCGUUCCGCCAGGGACCGUCACCCCCACCGACCCCGCAGAGCCAAUAUCAACUGUUGUCUUAAUCACAACGGACAAGAAUCCUGUUGUGGUGUUUCCAACCCAGGUACCCCCAAGCUACGGCGGAUCGCCCUCCGGUCCAGAUGUUCACGACACGGCGACCAAAGGCAGCAGCAGCCACGCUAUUACCCCCGACUACGGGAUGGACCCAACCCCUAUUGAAUCCGCCAAAGCCUCGCCGGCUCCGACUCCGACUCCGACUCCCAACGGCGGAAACAACGGCGAAGGACGAGCCCCUGUAACUGUGAUAGUACAACCCAGCAAAGUGGUCAUUGAUGACCACACAUUCACUGACAGCCCAUCGCAGCCGACAUCAACUGUAGUCGUAGGAGGCGAGACUUUUGUCAUCAAUCCGUCCCAGGUAGUUGGUGGUGGAGUCACAAUGACCCGACCUCCUAUCGAUGUAGGGGGUGGUUUCACAACUCAACCUCAACCCCCGCCGAUCACAACUUCCAUCGGUGGCUUAGGGGUCGUCCUCGGACCUUCGUCGGUUGCGACAAUAGGCGGCACAGUAUUUACCAUCGCGCCUACGCCGACGGUAGCCGUAGUCCAGGGCCAGACAAUAACCCUCGGACCCGCGGGGCUCGUGUUCCCCAGCCAGACGCUGCACGUAGCCGCUGGGCCCGCUGGGCCCGGGCCGACGCAGACAGCUGUCCUGGGCGGGCUAUUAAUCACGGCAAUCGGCUCUGACACGGUGGUGAUAUCCGGCUCGACGAUAACGUACGGCCCCAGCGCGUUCGGUAGCAGCACCCUCACGACUACCGUCGAUGGGGACACAGUGCUGGUCGCGGCGACGGAGGGAGUCGUGCUGCACGACGGCCAAGAGACGCUAGGCGGCAUAACGGCGGCGCCAGAUUCGACCAAGUACGAAAUCGUAGGCGGGGCGACUGUCACGCAGCUAGGGUUAACGGCGAUCGAAAUCAGCGGGCGGACGUUCCGCAUCGGACCUGGGGCGGCGGCGACGCCCAUGACGACAGUGAUCGCAGGCCGCACGCUGACGAUUGGACCGGACGGCGUGGGUAUGUCGACGUGGACGUUAAACGCGCCGUAUGCGUCGACUACGACUAUUUUCCCCGGUGGUCAUCGUAACGGCGGGAACGGAAAUAAUGCCGCGAUGACGGUCCCGACGACGACGGCCACGGCUGGGAAAGACGAUAGCCGAGGAGCGCUUCUGCGGCGGCCGGAUCGGGCGCGUGUGCUGCUGUUCUCGCUUGGCGUCGGGUGUUUAGGACCCUGGCUUUUCUGGCUAUGAUGGGUGGGACAUCGAGCAUAUUACUUCUGUUCUAUUGAUAUUACGCUAUCGGUUGGGCGUCCUGCUGCUGCUACUACUACUACCACCUUCUUAAGGAGGCAAGGGAAGGUGGAUUGGUAGUUGAUUGGUUUGGAGAUAUUCUUAUUUGAUUCAUUUUUCACGGCGUAAAGGGGCUAGCUACCUAGCUACCUCCCUAGGCAAGCUACGAGAGAGAGAGGAAGGAGGACAACAGUACAUGAGAAGAGAAAAAACAGCCCAAUCGUUCACAUGACGGCGUUAUGAUACCCUAUUCGCGCGCACAUGCUUAACGCUAUGUUAAGAGCGUUAGUGCUUGAUGAGUUGGGGGCUAAAGGAUUGAGAGUAUGUAAUUAAUGAGCUAUCCACCCUGUACAUAGUAUGUACA